CGAGCAUCCACAGUGUUCAGGUUGCGGUAUAGGUUGUUUGGUGUCUGUGUGUUUGGUUGUUGGUUCGGUCCGCAUAUACGUGUAUUUAUUUAUUUUCCUAUCCCCCUUUCUUUGACACUGUGGCGGUACCCGGGUAAACGCCGGGGUGACGGAUGCGCAUUUUUUCGUAGUUGUUUACAUAAUUAUUAAUUUAACUGAUUUCGGUUUGGUGAUGGCAAGGUAUCUGGUGGGGGUUUAUACGGUGACAGCAGGGCAACACGAAGAUUCCCUUGGCAGCGAUGAGCAAGAGAUUGUCCUGUUUUCAUGGGUGGUGGUGGACCUCACUAACACAAAGGUGGUGGCAGCACAGACUCACGUGGUCAAGCCUCGUGCAUGUGACGUGAAUGAAAAUGCCCUCUCUGAAGCGUGCCGGACGGAGUUGGGACUGAGCGAAGAACAGGUCAAAACGGGUCAACCCUUGGAACAGGUUGUUGAACAGCUCGACCAGUUCGUACAAGCCAAGCUGAGUCCGGCUAGUGGUCAGCCUUUUCAUUUGGUGACAGAUGGACAGCUACACCUUAGGCAAGUUCUUCAUCCUGAAGCUUGUCAGAAAAACAUUACACUUCCAGAAUAUUACUAUUCUUUCUUUGAUCUUCGGAAAGAAUUCCGGAAAUUCUAUCAUUCCGAUGAAAUUCAUUCCGUCCAAGAUAUGCUCAACUAUCUAGCAAUGGAGUCGGAUGCAUCAGCAGAAUUCUCAAUGCAGCAAGUACAGAAUAUUGCCAAGAUCGUUCUUCGAUUAGUUGAAGAUGGUCAUUCUUUCGAGAACCCAGAAGUGAUAAACACUCAUCUUGAACCCGGAAUAUGUACUAAAAACGAUGUGGUAGACAAUAACACUGUCGUCAGAGCCAGAGGAUUACCUUGGCAAUCAUCUGAUCAAGAUAUUGCGAAGUUUUUCAGAGGACUCAACAUAGUCAGAGGUGGAGUAGCUUUGUGUUUGAGUCCUCAAGGUCGCAGAAACGGAGAAGCUCUUGUCCGCUUCGAAAGUCAAGAACACCGUGAUAUGGCUCUGAAAAGACACAAGCACCAUAUUGGCCAACGGUAUAUCGAGGUGUACCGUGCUACUGGAGAAGAUUUUAUCAACGUCGCUGGCGGCAAUAACAAUGAAGCCCAAGCCUUUUUGUCUAGAGGUGGGCAAGUUAUUGUAAGAAUGAGAGGUUUACCAUACGACUGUACACCAAAACAAGUGUUGUCUUUCUUCGCCAAUGGUGAAGUUCCAUGCGAAGUCAUGGAUGGUGAGGAAGGAGUUCUAUUUGUCAAAAAGGCGGACGGCCGAGCUACUGGAGAUGCAUUCGUCCUCUUCGAAAGCGAGGAAAUGGCAGCAAAGGCACUCCAGAAACACAGAGAAGUCAUUGGUUCUCGGUACAUUGAGCUUUUCCGCAGCACAACGGCUGAAGUUCAGCAAGUCUUAAACCGGUGCAUGGAUCCAAGGACAUACGAACAACCGCAGCCACUUCUGACCAACAUUCCCCAAGUUCCAUUAAUAUCACCACAGCUGCUGCCACCAGGUUCACGUAAAGAUUGCAUUCGUCUUCGGGGACUGCCGUUUGAAGCCCAGGUCGAACAGAUACUGGAAUUCUUAGGAGAACAUUCUAAGAAUAUUGUAUACCAAGGAGUGCAUAUGGUUUAUAACGCACAGGGUCAACCAUCCGGGGAAGCUUUUAUACAGAUGGACACAGAACAUUCUGCUUUCAUGGCUGCUCAGCAAAGACAUCAUAGGUACAUGGUGUUUGGUAAAAAGCAACGCUAUAUUGAGGUUUUUCAAUGUUCAGUUGAUGAUAUGACUCUUGUUCUCAAUGGAGGAAUUCCUGUCCAGAGGUCGCUCAUAUCGCCAGGUGGUAAUAUGUUGCCUCCGCCCUAUGGUGCUUUUCCCUACGUGCAAACGCCACAGAUACUACCUGCAGUUGCUCCUCUUACACCCAGGUUACCUGCUGCUUAUUAUUCCCCGGUAUUUUACUGGCCCUAUCCUAGCCCUCCGGUUUCUCCCACAACUUAUUAUCCACACUCUGGGACAACCGUGUUAACCACGGAAUGCAUUCAAGUGCAACGCAACGGUGAGGUUCGACCUAACAGCGAGGCAAUGGUUACUUUCCCUGCUGCAAGAAUUGAAGCUGAAAGAGCUCUCCAAGAAAAAAGUCGCCAGAACCUUAGUAAUCGGUACAUUGAAUUGUUUAUGGCUUAAGAUUAACUUUCAGUGCAACUAAAUGUUAGGCGAUGAAGUCACUAGCUAAUGUGACAGACUUUUGACAAAGUAUUUAAUGCACGUGAUUUGUACACCAGUGAACGCAAACUAAGAACAGUCUUUCUGAAAACUUUUAUCAUUUUAUUAUGCAACAAAAUCACACCUUCUUCCACUGUGUAUAUUUGAAGCCAAUGGUUAUAUAUACAUAUUUAAAGCCCUGUAACUUGAUAUCGUUUACUGCCUUAAUAAUCUUUGUGUUGUUAUUGCAUAAGCAGCUAUAUACAUGUAGUUAACUUUUAUUGUGUCUACAAGAUAACUUUCGAACAUGCAGUCAGCUCAUGUAACUUGCUGAUGCAUUUUUGUUCAAUGAAAUCUCCAUUUGCAGGUAACAGAAUAUUUUUAAGUCACAAUAGAUAAUAAGGCAGACAUCUUGUCUAGAAACCAUCUAGAUGUAGCCUCUUUUAUCCUAAAAUUUUGCUUAAUAUAUCACAUAGUAUUGCUUAUUUUAUGUCUAGUCUUCUAUCUAGAUGGCUUUGUAUUUCCAAGACCAUUAUCUGCCUUAACUUAUUACAGGGUACAGAAUAACUCUUCAAUGUACAGUAUAUUGCAAAUAUUUUUGUAUAUACAACCUAAACUCUACAAUAAACUUUAAUAAAAAUUUUAAUAACUGAAAUACAUAAAUAUUGUCAACUAGGAACUAUCACUUUGAGAUAAAAAAUUAAUGACAAUUUUUUACCAACUAAAUAAACAUCAAACAAAAUCUCAUUUCAUACAGCUUAUAUGUUAAAAUUAAUUUCUCUAUUAUUUUAGUAUAUAAUUAUUAAAAAUUGAAACUUAUUACACAAAUUGACCUAUUAUUCAAAUUCAUAAUUUCAAUGAAAUUACACCUAAUAACAUUGCUUUUGAACUAUUACUUCACAAAUGAUAUUGAACAAAAUAUAUUACCUACAUGUAUUUUACAUGCUUUAAUUUGCUUUUCGAAAUCCUUUGAUAAAAUUUACAGUCUGAAAAAAAUAUUUCAUAUCCUAAAAUAUUCUAAAAUCUUACUAAAGUGUGAUCAGUUCUGUUUACAUUGGAAGGAAGUGCAAUAAAUAUAUAGUACAUGUUAUUUAUAGCAGAGAUAUAAAAUACUAAGUUCCUAAAAAUUACUUGUAUACACAUUAAAUAAACUUGCCAAUGUUAUCAGUAAAACAUCUGUACAAUAUCUAAAAAAUAUUACACAAUGAACUAUUCAGCCUGAAAAAAAUAAACAUUCAAUUAAUAUGCUUCAGACAGCAUGACCGAAAGCAGCCUAUUCACAUUACAAGGAACUUUUAACAUAUCAAUAAAAUGUUCCACUUCCAAAAUUAGAUUUACACUUUUACCUUCCAUGAAUGCUAAUGUCUAAAUAAUCAUUUCUCUAGGCGCAAUAUUAUUGUGAACAAUGGUUUUAUUUCAAAAUACAUUCUGUUUAUCUGCUUGUAUCAUAAACUUUUAUGUAUGUCAUUUUUAUAUGCUUUUGUAUGCAGAUAUUUUAUGGAUUUAUUUUUGUGUUUACCAAAUGAGUUUUUAUUUAUUUGAAGAGAGAUUGUGUAGUAGUAGAAAAAGGUGUUUCCUGAAACACCGUAAUGCAUUCCAAGUGCCUUAAUUACAAUGUAGUGAUAUGUCAUUAUUAUUUAUGUGUUAAGUUAUGUGGCACAUAUUGUAACUAUCAGUUCAAAGUAAUAAAGAAUAUAGGUGAUUAUUUCAAAUUAUCUGUUUUAGAAGGAAGGUGGAGAGACUAAUAUUAAAUAAAUAAUUACAAAAUUUAUUAGCCAUUUGAAUCCAUUCUUUUCGGAAGAUUAACAAUGAAAAGUUCAAAUUCACAACUACAAUAUGAAGACCAAAAAAGUCGACUCCAAAAGAAUUCUGUUGAAUAUUUGCGUUUACACUUACAUUCACCUAUAUUCUUUAUACUGUUGCAAUGUUCUGUAACAAAUACUGAAUACUUUGUAUUGUGCUUUGUUGUUUGCUGUGUUCAUACACACAUGAAUUUAUAUACAUAUAUAUAUAUAUAUAUUAUGUUUCAGAAUCAAAAUGCUGUAUGUUUUUUAUACUAAAUACCUAAUGUGACUUUUUCCAUCAUUUAUUAACAUAUCAGAUAUUAUCUGAUUAUUCUAUGUAAGUAUUGAAUGCAUUAAAUGUUAUUUCAUGAUUGUGAUCCAUAUUUUAGAAGGUGCAAAUUUUGUAUUUUGAUAAACGGAAACAAUUUUAUUCAAAGAUGCACUAGUAUAUUUUUAUAUGUAACUUUCUUGAUUGUAAAUGCUCUGAGCAUUUGUAGAGCAGUGGUGCAAUAAUAGCUCCAAAACACAAUUAUAAUAUAAAUAUUUACAUCUUUAACACAAACAAGUUAUUUUUAAUUCUUGUUUUUGUAAGAUAAGUAAAAGUUAGGAAAACAUAACGAAGUAUUCAAUAUAUGCAUUUUACUGUAUUAAUUUUUAGAUCAUGGUGAAUGUGAAAUGUUACACUUCUAAAUUAUGUACAAGUAAAAUAUUUAUAUAAAUAUAUGCACUUUAAUAAAGAAUAGUAAAAUUUUACUCUUGUUUGGCCUUAAUAACAGUUCAAUAGAUUUUGAGAGGGGGAAAACAAUCAUUGCUUCCGAAGAUAACUAUUCUCUCUUUUAAAAUUCAUUGAGUUUUUAAUUAUUACUAAUGUCAAACAAAGUUUAAUAAAGAAAUUUUUAUUCAGAUUAUUAAUUUUAAGUCGUAAAAUUUAAUCAAAUUAUUGAUUUCCAAAUUGAUAUGCCCUCUGUAUCUACUAUUUCAAAAAUAACUACCCUAUUUUACAUCUGUCUAUUACACAAAAAUGACAAAGUUAAAAAAUAUUUUUACAAUGUAAAAGUAUUUUUAUACAAAAAUUAUGAUUCACAUAAAAAUUAAAUAUACUUAAAAAAUUAAAAUCAUGAUAUUAACAAGAUUUAAUUUUGACUGCAGAGUAGAAAGUUCACAGCUGAUAUUUAUUAUAUAUUACAAGGAUAUAAAGAAUCAUGAACUUAAUUGGUUCCAUUUUUAUUUGCCUGUUAUGUGAAUAAGGACCAAUUUUAAGUUGUUUACACUGUAUUAGCAAAGAAUGAUUAAAAUGGUGUUUACAAAUUUUAAACAAAAGCAGUUUUUUAACUUUGCAGGAGAUUAAAAAAGACCCGUCUAAAUUUGUAGUUUUUAAUUACGCCUUUAAACAAAAUUAAGACAUUUAUUUUAAAUUAAUUACUUAAAAAUCUUUCAAACGGUAUACAGGAAAAGUAAAAUUCAGCACAUCUUCAAAUAUAUUUUUAAUAUAUAUAAUUACAUAUAAAAAGUCAUUUAUAUGUCAAUUUAAAUCUAGUGUCCAAAGCCAAAUGGGCAAUGUGCAAAUAUUUAUGAACUUGGGUCAUCUAUUCUAAGAAAUAAAUUAUAAAAUGACAAUCAAAAAUAUUAUUAAACGUGUUGCAACAACAUUUUAUUUUCAAAGUGGUGUUAGUGAAUGAAUUAAAAGUGAAUAAUGUAUUAAGUGCCUUCGAGGGAAAAAAAAAAAAAAAAAAAAAAAAAACUGUAAAUGGAUGUAUUUGUUUAUUUUCUCAUUAUGUACACCAUUGUCAUGUUGCUAAACAAUUUAAUAAAGUUUUAUGUAUAUUUGA